UUAAACUUAAAGAGUAAUUAAAUCGGGGUUAGAAAAUAACCAAACUAAAACACUCUCACUACAGGGAAAACUAGAAACCUCAAACGAAGUCGUAUGAUAUCCCAACUAACGGUUUUCGAUCGUUUGAAUUUCCGUGAGACCCAACGUUUCGAUAACGCCAUCAGUAACUCCGAUGGGACAAGGCCAUGAACCCCCGGAAACCCCACCGGCCGCGCCCCCGUUAUUCCGCCGCAUACACGACCUGGACAACGCUGUCUCCUUCUUCAUCCAUACUCUCACACGCCCCAUAGCCCCAAAACCCCUUCUCCGAUUCCUAGAGCUUUUGGCGGACUUCCGAUUCUUCUUCCCAGUCUCCCUCGCCCUCUUCCUCGCCGCCCCCUCCUCCUCCCCUCUCCGCUCCAACCUCUUCCUUCCCCUCCUCGUCUGCUCCCUUAUUGACCUCCUUUUCAUCGCCCUCAUCAAAUUCCUCGUCCGCCGAUCCCGCCCCUCCUACGCCAACCACUCCCAAUACAACGCCGUCGUCCCCGUCGACAACUUCUCCUUCCCUAGCGGUCACUCUUCCAGGGUCUGCUUUGUCGCUUCCGUAUUCUCCCUCUCCCGCCCCUCGCUCCUCGCCGAUCUCCACCAUCCGCAUGUGGCCUUCAUCGUGAAUCGCUGGUUCGGCGGAGAUCAGGCCCUCGCCAUUGAUAUUCUCAUCUCGACCGUUUGGGCUUGGGCUGUGACCACUGUAAUUUCUCGCGUCGCUCUCGGGAGGCAUUACGUUAUCGAUGUCUUCUUUGGCGCGUGCUUCGGAGUCCUCGAAGCGUUCUUCACCUUCCGCCUUCUCGAAUUCCGAGGGUUGCUUUGAGGUAAGAAUAAGAACCUGGAACUGGGAUUUUCGAAAGUGAUAACCGUACUCCCUGGUGAAUGUGGAGUUUCAUAUCACUACUCAUCGGUUAAAUGUACUUCCCGAUUAUUAUCAUUUUUUAUGAUAUUCUAUUUAUAAUGUUUAAUUUCAGUGGUUAUGUUCGAUGACUGUAACCGAACUAUGGAGAAAAGUUUUAUACGUGGCUUCUCCAGAAGAUUCAAAAUUCUAGUAUGAGAGUGAUUGAAGGACACGCUAUAUAUGCUAUGUUUGGUUUCCCGUUCAGCUGCUUUGAAUGGAAGUUUUUGUUGCCAAACUUAGUUUGGUUCUGAUGGAGCAAUUCGAACUUAUGCUACCCGAGGGUAAGCGUUCUUAAUUGGUUUCUAACAGAUAAUGAAGUCGUGAUUGGUUUGAGUACAUUGGCAUCUUGCUCCUUACCAGAUAAUUUCGAAGACCUUAAUUACUUUAGUUUGUCUCAACUCUACUUCAAAUUUGUUAAAAUUACUUGGGAGUUGCAUUCCUGUCCGUAAUUUGUUCCUUGGCAUUUAAGUCUCUCCACAGGCGUAUAAACAAUAAAUGUAAGCAUGUGAUAAUACAUGGUACAGCAGACCUGUACAUCAUUUAUUUGCAGCCUUUUGUCUUAUGUUUUAUCCAGAACUAUAUCAUACAUCGAAUUUGCUACUGCUGUCAGAUGUUUCUAAUUUUUGCAGAGGUACUGAUGCAAAGACAGAUUGUUCUGUAUCGUUUGAAGGCUUAAAAUGAGUUAUCUUUUCUGACAAUUGCUGCCAGAAUAUGAAGUUGGCUUAUGUCUAGUCCAUCUCCGAUUCCCACUUUGCCCGUUCAGUUCAUUGGUGGAAUCCACUACAGCUUGAGGGACCUACGACGUACGCGAAGCACUGGGCGUCUGGUAUUUUGCCAAGUGAAUGCUUACUGCUCAAGAUUUGGAGUGACUGUAACUUUGUAUUUUGUGGGACAUGCUUUGAUAUUCUCCUUGCAUGAUUGAUUUCUUAGUAAUGAGAGACUGGCUCUCUGCAGAACAUCAACAUUUUUAACGUUUUCUUGUAUGCCCACCGCGAUUGGAAUGUUA